AUGGUUUCCAUUUUGAGAAUGAGAGUGCUAACAACAUCUCUUGUAAUUGGAUUAGUGUUAGGGUUUUGUAGCUUUGUGAGAACUGAACCAAAUACCAAAGUAGUGGAUUAUAUAUGCAAUGGUAAUUUGUAUGAUAAGAGUGGUCCAUUUGCACUAAGAUUAGCUUAUGUUCUUGAAGCAUUACAAAAUGUGACUCCAAAUCAAGGUUACACUUACUAUUCAACGUCUCCUUAUCCUAAUGAUGCCAUUGCUUAUGGUCAUGCUACUUGCAACUCCAUUAUUGAAUUUUCAGACUGUGGCCUUUGUCUAAGUAGUGCAAAAUCAUACUUGUUGAGUACUUGUGAUGGUAGCAUUGGAGGUCAAGUUGAAUUUGCUAAUUGCUCUAUGAGGAAUUUUCCUGUUUAUGUUUGA